CUGCUCACUACAAACGACGACCACUACCCUUCUCUCGCGUCCUGCCCUCCGUUUCUCUCCGUCUCUUACAUACAAGCACUGCUAGUCGGCGUUACGCUCGUUGGGUAUACUCCACUAAGCUCGCGAAUUCCCCGUCUUGCCAGACGCACACUUACCGUGCCCGGAGCCGCUGACGUCCUCUCGCUGAUUCUGAGGUUCCUGCGUGAAAAGCAUAUUUUGCACGACCAUGUCUUCUCUUGAGGCUUCCCAGGCGGCCAUCGCCGACUCCAUUGCGGAGAACAAGCCAAAUGGAAUGAACGGAGAAAACGGUCUGGAGCCGGGAGAGAUCCAGGAGGUGGAGGUGGACAUGCAGGCCCAUGCGGAGAGCAUCCGCACCGUCUUCAAUGACCCGACUAACUUCAACGUGAAGCACCCCCUCUACUCCCCAUGGGCCCUCUGGUUUGACUCGCCGGCGACGAAGGGCCGCAACCUGCCUCAGACCCCGAUGUCGUCAUUCCCCCAGACGCCACUGCCGCAGACCCCGAGUGUUGCAGCGGCGGGGUGGAUGGAAGAUAUUAAGCGGGUGAUCGGCUUUGACAGUGUUGAGGAGUUCUGGGGGCUGUACAACAACAUCAUAAAGCCCUCCGAGCUGCCCCCAAAGGCAAACUACUACCUCUUCAAGGAGAGUAUCAUUCCUGCAUGGGAGGACGAGGCCAACAAAAACGGAGGCAAGUGGAGCAUCCAGCUCCCCAAAGACAAGAACAGGCAUAAGAUCGACGACAUGUGGCUCAACACGAUGUUGGCCGCCAUUGGAGAGACUUUUGACCCAGCACUGACUGAGGCCGAGUCCGAAGACUCGGCACCACAGUCUCUGAUUACGGGUGUCAUUGUGUCGACUCGUCCUCAGUUCUACCGAAUAUCCAUCUGGACACGGAUUGCGCCUGGGCCCGACGACGAGGAGUUGCGGAAGCGGAUUGAGUCGGUCGGGAAGCACUUCAAGACGGCGGUGCUGGGAUUCCCGGAGUCGCAGAAGCUGGCUGGACCGCUCGCGACAGAGGUGGAGUUCCUCUCGCACAAGGACUCGGAGAAGAAGGGGAAGCAGUCGAAGAAGCCGAUGACCGUGUAGUAUCUUGGGCGGACCAGGCGCUGUGGGCGUGCUGCGUCGACACGCUGUGUUCAUUUAUGACAUUCUAUUUACCCCGGUGCAGCUUCAUUAGUCGCGCAGUAAGUUAAUGCAAUCUCCAAAUAAGUGGUGAGGGGACUGGU